AAAUUCCCUUUUCUUUUCAGAACAAUAACGACUACUGACGAAGAUGGUGACUGCCAAGGUCUGGGUUCUGGCUAAGAGGCCCCAGGGAGAACCAACCCUCGAGGACUUCAAGCUGCAGGAGGAGCAGCUGCCGGCGUGCGGAGAAGGAGAUGUGAUCAUCGAAGCCGAGUGCCUGAGCGUCGACCCGUACAUGCGGUAUCGGGCGAGGAUGAUUCCCGUGGGAAGCGUGAUGGUCGGAGGACAAGUAGCCCGAGUGAUCGAGAGCAAGAACCCUCAAUGGAAGGUCGGGUCCUACCUGAUGUGCUACACUGGCUGGCGCUCCCACACCCACAUCCCGGCGGAGGAGCUGAAGAAAGUUGGCUUCAUGUACUCCCCCUUGCCUGACCUGAGUGGCAUGUCCAAGACUCUAGGCCUUGGGGUCAUUGGAAUGCCUGGAAACACCGCCUACUUCGGCUUCCUCGAACUCUGCAACCCGAAGGAGGGAGAAACCGUGCUGGUGAACGCUGCCGCCGGAGCUGUCGGGAGCGCCGUGGUCCAGAUCGCCAAGAUCAAAGGCUGCAAGGUGAUCGCGUCCGCCGGGUCGGAGGACAAGUGCGCCUGGGUCAAGGAGCUCGGCGCCGACCACGUCUUCAACUACAAGACCGCCAACAUCGACGAGGAGCUGAAGAAGGCGGCGCCGGGGGGAAUCCACUGCUAUUUCGACAAUGUGGGCGGCGACUUCACUCUUCACGCCCUCAGACACAUGGUCGACCACGCCCGCAUUUCGGUCUGCGGCGCGAUCUCCACCUACAACAACGAAAGCAAAGACCAAGGGAAAUUGGUCGCUAAUAGUCCAUACGACACUUCUCUCAUAAUCACCAAACAACUGCGUAUUGAAGGUUUCCUGGUGAACCGCUGGCUAAACCGCUGGCUGGAGGGACUCACGCAGUUGAAGCAGUGGGUGCAGGAGGGCAAAAUGAAGUACAAAGAGACGGUCACCCAAGGCUUCGAGAACAUGCCUCAGGCUUUCAUCGGACUGUUCCGAGGAGAAAACAUCGGAAAGGCUGUUGUUGUUGUAUAAAAAGUUAAUUGCCUAAAUAGAAGAGACUGUUGGUGUUCUGUAAAAGCUGACAUCGAAAAACUGCCUGACAUUGUAAAAAGAAAUGAGCACAACAUUAGAGAAUCUGUUAUUCGGGCGUAAACGUUGAUAAACAUUGGGGAAAAAACUUUUGUAUCUGAAUGAAUGAAAUUUAAUUGGUAAAAUUAGAGGGUCUGUUCUUGGGCGUAAAAUUUCGGUAACAUUGGGAGAGCUGCUGCCAUUGUGUAAAAGGUAAUUUGUGGAAAGAUAAAUAAUCAGUAGCUUGAUUAGGAUUAUAUGAUUUUUCAUUUCUGUAUCAUGUGAUUAAUGACCACUUUUCACUGUAUCUGAUUAUAAAGUUUUUUUUUUACUUAGUACACAAAGUAAUAUAAAAACAUUGAUGAAGUUGAUUAACAAUGGACUAAUGAGAUCAACAAAAUAUUAAAGGGAAAAUAUGCGUACAAAAAAAAACUUUUUUUUAGUUGGUUGAGGUGCCAACUUUACAAAUAAAGUUUAUAUUUGU